AUGAGCGAUAUAUCCACAGAGCCUGAUGAAAUUCUACAGGGAGACAGUUUUGAUGAUAUUACAUGGUCAUCUCUGCUUCUAUCAUCAAAACGAAAUCAAAUUUUAAAGACAUUAAGAGAAUCAUCGCAUUAUGAUCAAAAUACAUGUAAUGAAUUGUUAAAUGAUACGCUUAAAUUCAAAGAAGAAAAUCCAUUGGACUAUCGCACGUUAUGGAUAACAAAGAACAAUACAUCUCAAACAGCAUAUGAGUUUCCUCUUGCAGAAGUUGAUGGUCAUGAUAGGUUAAGUUUAUAUUGGUUUCAUCUCUGUGAAUCUGAUCGUGGGAACGUCAUUCGUGUUCGAUGUUUACGUAAUAAUGUAACUGGUCAUAUUCUUAAAUCAAAAGAUUUCAACAUUGAUCGUACCUUAUCUAAAAUGAAAUGUAAAACUCGUAAACAACAUUCUUAUGAAAACGACCACUAUUGUAUAUUAAGCAGCGAAGCACAAUUUAGUCGUUUUUCACGUUUGUAUCCAUAUAUCGUACAGUGUAUUAUUUUAAAAACUGAAAGUAAAAAUAAGCACGUUCGUAUACUUGUUGAGAAAGAAGACAAAGUUAUUUUAUCGUAUGAAAAAUGUGUUUUUGUACCCUAUGAUAGUACAGUAGGUCAUCACAAUCUUGUAUAUUUAUACAAUAAAAUUCAUGAAGAAGAAGAAGAAAGUAAUCUUAAAUACGAUAAUAUUAUAGCGGAAGCUAUCUUGCGCAAUUUUAUUGACGAACAACUUAAGUGAAUACUACCUGUUAAACUUCCAUUUAAUUUCAAUUUUAUUGUGUUUCUAAUCAAUACCUUCUUAAAACGAACUUGGGAAGGUACACUUGAAACAACACGAAAAUUCGUUCAAAGACCUGUUCCUCAUGAUGGUCACUGCCUUUUUUCAUCUCUUCGCAACGCACUGAGUAUUGCCGAUAAAAUUACCAUGAAAGAUUUACGUAAACAAGCUGCCGAUUAUAAUCGUCAAUCGGGUAAAAUUAAUGAACAAUGUUUAUUUUACGAAACCAAGAAAAAUCUUGAACAAUAUUGUGAUGAGAUUGAAAAUACCGAUGUAUGGGGUGGUGAACCAGAAAUUCUAGCUAUAGCUGAAUUAUAUGAGACAAGUGUUCGUGUUAUAAGGAUUGAUCCUCAACAAUCAUGUGUAUCUAUUUCUGAAUUUCCUUCAAAUCAAACAUCAUUUAAAAAAUGCUGUUAUAUUAUUCUUAAUAAUAAUCAUUAUGAAUCAUUACAUCUACGUAUUGGAAAUAAUUCAAAUGACGAACAUUCAAUUUUUGAUUCCAAUGAUGAGGAAAAUGAAGCACCGAUGGUUUAUUUAAUUAUAGAUUAUAAAGUGAUAUCAUCCAACAAUAAGACAGAUAGUAAUGAACAUUUAGUGCAACCUGUCAGAAAUUCUAUUGAUCAACUUAUUGCUGCAGCUAAUUUAAUCGACAUGAUUUCUACCAGUUUAUCAAAUAAACGAAAGUUUCAAGAACAUGACAAGCAUACAUCAAUGGAAGUAACUACAAAGAAAUUAGCAUCAUCCAUUGUGAAUACAAAUGAAGUCGGUGUUCCAACAUUAACAUAUUCUUGUUCAAUUCCGACAAAGAAGAACAAUAAUUCAUCGGGCAAUAUUAAAGAGCAUCCUCAGUCAGAUGUUUCUCAAAUAAAAUUUAAAAUUGAACUUGCAAAACGAUUUCGUGCACGUUAUUUAACUGAUUAUGAACCAAAGAAUGCAUAUAAACGUGAUGGUAAAACGAAAUCUCAACGAAGAUGUCCGACUUAUUUUGCUGAUCGACACGAUGAGAACGAUAAUAACAAAAGGCAUUCUCUCACAUUAUUGAUACCGAAAAUGCUUGUAUUCGGUAAAGAUCCAAUUGAUCUUCAUCGUGUCAAAGUAGAAAUUUGCAUUGUGACACGAACUAUCAAUAGAUGUAUUUAUAUUCAUCCAUAUUAUAAAUUUUACAAACCUGAAAAAGGUCGAGAAUACUCUGUGUCUAAUCCAAUAUUUAUACAUCUUGGAUAUGAUACAGAUUAUGAACAUCUGACCAAUAUCAAGGGAAAUCUGACAGAAAUCAAUGGAAUACUGAAUAUGAAGUAUAUUUUAAAAAUAUUUUAG